CACGCUGCUCCAAGAAUGCAAGAUGGAGACGAGUGUGUUUUCAGAUUGGAUAGGUGCGGUUUCUUUCAGAUUAUAAUAGUUGUAUCAGCUGUUUCGUGUGAUAGGCCAGGCCUAUAAACAUCUUAACAGAAUCGAGAUAUUGAUGGUUGAACCACCGUCAAGACGACUACACUGAGAUCAGCUGAGAUCAAUCGCAGUUUAACUUAAUUGUCAACUGUCAAAUGUUUUUGUAUACUAGGCGCAUACAGAACGUUCAACGCAAAGUCACGAAUAGCAUAAUAAUAAUAACGCUUUACGAAGGCUGUGCGUCAAUUCAAUGAGACGCGACAAAUUUUUAUCCAACAAAGAGAAAGUCCGGCAUAGACAUGGAAAAUCUAGAGGCGUUAGGAUGGUACUUGUCUGAUCAUGGUUAUAAUGUGGCAACUGAUUCGGGCAGCAUAAGUGACACGCAAAGGAUAAUAAAACGAUUGUUAGAUCUUGACUUAAGAGAGAUCGGUAGUGGAAAUGGAGAUAUCAAUCAGGGCAAUAUUGUGCUACAAAUACAAAAAAUACGUAAUAUUUCUGCACCCAAGGGAAAUGAAGAAUCAAGAACAGCCCCACGAAUGUUAAAAUUAUCAUUGACAGAUGGUAAAAAUAAUUUUCAAGCUUUAGAAAUUGAACAUAUAUCAGCUUUAAAUUUAAAUACACCACCUGGUACGAAGAUAUUGAUAAAGUCAGGAAUCUUACCUGUAUCACAUGGAAUUCUUUUAUUGAACCCACAUAUAGUUCAUAUACUCGGGGGAAGAGUUAUCAAUUUAGUUGAAAAAUGGGAAUUAAAUAAGAAAUUAGCUUCACAUACUCGUGUAAGAUCGGCUGAAGAAGGUGGACCACCACCAUGGAUACCAUUCGGUAAAAAGAUCAUAAAAGUUUCAGAGCAAGAUAAAAACUUUAAAGCACUAAUAGAAAAAGAAAAAGCUAGUAAAGAGAAUACAGAGUUUGAGGCCCAACGUAAAGAUGCAAUAGCAGAAGCUGCCAAACAAGGCAGUAAGAAAGUAUUUGGCGGCGGAAAUAAGCAGCUUUUAGAUCAUAGUGUACAAAAAAUUAUAGAUCGGGGAUUUACUAUAGAGCAAGCAGAAUAUGCUUUAAGAAUUAACAGAAAUAAUGUGGAUAGAGCUCUUAGAAGCCUGCAAAAAACCGAUACUAAGCAUAACGUUAAAGAGUCUCGAGAACCGCGAGAGCCACGUGGCAAACGUGACAAAAAAACUGAAGAGAGUAAACCCAGCAGUGGAAAAAUAUCUCUAUUUGAUUUUCUCGAAGAUAAACUACCUGUGCAACCUGAAAGCAUCGAAACAGUUAAUUUGUCACAAAACAACUAUGUACAAAAUAGUAAAAAUAAUCAAGAUCGUCUUGAAUCGAGAGGCAACGAUGCACAAAGUGGAAGAGGUGGGCGAAAUCAAAAAAGUGGCCGCGGGUAUCAACCUCCUCCACGACAUUUGGAGGAACAUAAAAAUAGCAAACGAACAAAUAACAGCAAUUCUGCCAUGUACCUGCAAUAUAACGGUGCUACUCAUGCACAGCAAAAUAAACCACCAAGAUUUCAACGUAAUCAAGAACUUCAGUAUCAGUAUCAAUACGACAGUGGCAGAGAAGCGUAUCAGAAAUCUCAGCCAAAUGAUUAUAAGAAUAUGUUUGCUCAGUCGCGCACAAGUAGCGUAAAUGCUGAUAGUGGUAAUGAGAAUUAUAACAAAAAUCAGGCUGAACUACAAGAAAAGAAUCUCAGUAGUAACAAAAGCUAUAAUCACUUCGAUCCCGAAGCUAAGAAUAGGCAUUCUUAUGACGCAUCUUAUGGUAGACAAAAUCGAGCGCAACAAAGUGGAACCUCGAAAGUAGGUUACACAUCUAAUACAACUGAACAGAAUUUUAAGAACCAACUUAAAUAUCAGUCCAAUAAUAAUGUUGGGAACAGGAUGUCCGGGAAUCCUAACUUACAAAGAAGCGAAAGCAAUUAUAAUAAUCAUAAUACUUCCACCAACAAUGCAUGGGUAUGGCGAGUAGGUGACAAGUGUAUGGCCAAAUAUUGGGAAGAUAAUAGGUAUUACAAUGCCGAAGUUACUGGUGUUUCCGAAAGGACUUGCGUAGUGCAAUUCAAGGGAUUUGAGAACUAUGAGGAGGUACUUCAAGUGGAUUGUAUACCAAUAACAGAUGACUAUCAAGAUCAUGUCUCAGAUAUGAGACGGCAAGAUCAACGUUCCAACAAUCGACAGCCACGUUAUGAUCAAAGUCACAAUCACAUAAAUGAAAUUGUGACAGCAGCACCUAUGGAAUUUCGACGAGGUGGAAACGGUACUGUUGGUGGGAAUAAGGGGUACAAUAAAAAGCGGAAUCAACAACGGAGUACACAACCCAUUUAUCAACCGCCAGCGCAAAGAAGCCACACUUCUAUGCCAAUUAAUAGUCAAACUAAUAUCCAACAUAAUUCUUUUCUUUAAUAUAACUCUAGUCUUACACAUCUUUAGUAAAAGAAAUAUUCAGUUCUUACUAAAUAUUGAGGCAGUUGCACUUGCUACUGAAGGUUGAUUUAAUAGAUUGUCACAAACUAAAUUUGACAGUUUAGAUAUCAUAAAUAUUACUAAGCAGGAAUUAUGUGCAACAUUUAAUUUCCACUCGAGUCAAAUUAAAUACGCGAUAACUUAAUAUCGAGCAGGUUGAUGUUUCACACUGUACAUGAGAAGAAAGAAUCACAAAACUUUUAUUGUAAAAAAGUCGACUGUGUUCUUGAAAUAUUAUUUGUAUUGUAUGAAAUAUUUAUAUUGUAGGAAAAUUGAUUCUUAUUACUGCAAAACAGGGCAAUGUCUGUACCUCGUCCAUUUUAGCCAUAAUACAAUUGUAAUGAAA